GCAAUAGGUACGGAACUAUUGUUGUCUUCGUGUUUGGUACUCGGUAWGGUUAUCGGUUGCACACUUGUCCAGAAUCAAGACUGGCACGCCAUCGYAGCGAGGAAAGGAGUAACUUUCACGUUGCUGACUGGUCAUUCAAAGCUAGACUCUUUGGUUUAUUCAUCCUAAAUCUUGGAAUAAUUCGUAAAACUAUCCCACAAUGGCUACAGACUCCUGGGCGCAGGCCGUGGACGAGCAAGAAGCCGCGGCGGAAUCGAUCGGUAGCCUUCAAAUAAAAGACAAACCAGAAGAAAAUGGAACAGUACAAAACGCUGCUGAGUCCACCAGCGCWGCAGUAAAACCAGAAACUGAAGCAGAAAGCAAACCUACAGAUGAUGACGACAAAGACGACAAAGCAGCACAGUCACUGCUGAACAAGCUGAUACGGAAUAAUCUCGUUAAUACAACAAAUCAAGUGGAAGUUCUUCAGAAGGACCCCAACUCUCCACUUUAUUCUGUCAAAUCCUUUGAAGAAUUACGUCUCAAACCACAACUGUUACAGGGAGUGUACGCCAUGGGAUUCAAUCGACCAUCUAAAAUCCAGGAAACUGCCUUACCCAUGAUGUUGGCUGAGCCUCCACAGAAUCUGAUAGCCCAGUCUCAGUCAGGAACAGGAAAAACGGCUGCCUUUGUCCUGGCCAUGCUUAGCCACGUGGACCCCAACAACAAAUAUCCUCAGUGCCUGUGCGUGUCACCAACUUAUGAACUGGCACUUCAGACUGGUAAGGUCAUCGAGCAGAUGGGCAAAUAUUAUCCUGAAGUCCAGCUAGUCUACGCCAUUCGAGGGAACAAAUUGCAGCGGGGCAUGAAGCUACAGGAGCAGAUAGUCAUCGGCACACCUGGUACCAUGUUGGACUGGUGCAGCAAAUUCAAGUUUAUAGACCCUAAGAAGAUCAAAGUGUUUGUGUUGGACGAGGCCGAUGUCAUGAUCGCCACACAGGGUCACCAGGACCAGAGUAUCAGAAUCCAGAGGAUGUUGCCUAAAAACUGCCAGAUGCUGCUCUUCUCAGCCACGUUCGAAGAAACCGUUUGGAACUUUGCUCAGCGCAUCGUGCCAGAUCCUAACAUCAUUAAGCUGAAGAGAGAGGAGGAGACGCUGGACACCAUCAAACAGUACUACGUGUUAUGUAACUGCAAGGAGGAGAAGUUCCAGGCUCUCUGUAACAUCUACGGAGCCAUCACCAUCGCUCAGGCUAUGAUUUUCUGCCACACAAGAAAAACUGCAGGUUGGCUCGCAGGAGAGCUGUCUAGAGAAAACCACCAGGUAGCGCUGCUGAGUGGAGAAAUGCAGGUGGAGCAGAGGGCCGCCGUCAUUGAACGCUUCAGAGAUGGAAAAGAGAAAGUCCUGGUGACCACAAAUGUUUGCGCUCGAGAUAAGAAAAUCGAAAGAUUAGACACAGAUGAUCUGGAUGAAAUAGAGAAAAUUGCCAGCUAAAGGACACACACGAUUAAAACUUAGAAGCUGGUCCAACUUCUCCUUCUCCUCACUCUCCACGGACUGUACGCUUCUACAACGUUUUAUGCUUUUUAGUUUUUAUUUUUUAGCAAAAACACACACACACACACACACACAGCGUAUGUUUACAUGUGGACACAUCUCCUCUCAGACAAAUAUUUUGUAAAUCUCUCGAACAUACCCUAUUUCACUCUUUGUACUUAAAUAAAGUUUGUGAGUUUAAUGCUGUGUGUUGUAAUGCUGUAGAAGCAAGCAUAGCCCGUUAUUUAUUGGAACAGUUUUGAAUUUUAAAAGCUGUGUUGUGGCAAAAUCAUUCGUGUAAAAUUUUUUAUUAAGGGCAGGGAGAAAGUGCCACARCGUUUUUUAUUUCAAAUCGAAUGUAACCAGGCCUUUAUUGGGCUUUGUUUAAUCUUUUAAACAGGAGUACAAAGGGUGAAAGCUGGGUAUGCUGCUCCGAGUGCUAGUUCUUUAUUUUAUUUUAUAUUUUUUUGAGAUGGUGAUGGUUUAGGAUUUAAGGGUCUAUGCAAACUCAUCAGCCUGUGAUAGCUAUUAUUAAAUACUUAACUCAAAUUAUUCCUCAAAAUAACCUCGUCUUCAGUAUCAGGGUGUGUAGUCCGAUGCCAAAAAAGGCUGCCUAGAGUGAUACUAAGUCAUAGACAUAAAAGUAUU